GAAAUGGCCGAUGGCAGUUAUGAAGGGGCAGAAAGAGAUGCUGCAGAAGACACAGAUGAGCUUCUUUACACUGGUCAGAUAAUGUCCUAUCUAGGACUAUAGAUACUUCAGACUGAAUUCCUCUACCUGUCGUUCUUCCUACUCAUUCUCAUUCCUUCUCUUCUCUCUGGAUUAAACAAUUUAUUCUCCUGUUCCCUAUAUACCCUUUGCUCACUCAGACCUGGAUGAAGACAGCAAUACCCCUCUGCCACAGGAUCACUGUGACCUCCUCCUAGAUGCCAUCGAUGCCCAGCUGAGCCGCCUGCAGGUCAGUGUGCUGCAGCCAUCCUCAGGGUUCCACAGGGUUCCAGACUCAAUCUUCUUUUUGUUUAGGAUAUCUUAAAGGCCCAGUGCAGUCAAAAACUAGAUUUUCCUGUGUUUACACACUAUGAGGUUGGAAUAAUAUUGUGAAAUUGUGAAAAUGAUGAAAAUGCCUUUUUAGUGUAAGAGCUGUUUGAAAAGACUGCCUGACAUUUCAGCCAGUUUUGGUGGGAUGGAGUUUAAAUGACUUAAUAGACCAAUAAGAAAGAGAGUUCCAAACCUCUCUGCCAAUAACAACUAGUUUUCAGUUUUUCCCUCCCCACUCAGACCACUCCUAGACAGUUCUAGCAACAUUCUUGCAUAAGAAAUUGGUCUUUGCUAAGAAUCUAUUUCUGUUUCUUUUUGCCAAUUUUUAUUGAAAACAAUCACAGUAAGGUUCUGAAUUGUUACCCAUAAAUGAUUUGAUAUUGUGAUAAAAACGGCUGCAUUGGACCUUUAGAAGUUGUACCAUCAUGAACUCACUUGAGUAGCUAAAUGUUCACAGGUGCAGAGCCAUAGCCAUAGAAUUGAAGGUAUCUCCAGAAAACAUGAUUGCCUCAAUACAGGUAUGUUGUUGUAUGCAGUUUAAUUUACUACAGCACACCUUGAGUGAUACUUUUUGUCUAAUAGUAACUCUCUAGUAUUUUAAUAUCUUUAUUGCUCUCAUGCUCUGUUUAUUAUAGCUAAUCUUAGCAAUAGCCAGUCUGUGAGCAGGGAUACAGGACUGGGAAGUACCAUCCCCACUAACGACACCCCCAUCUCUUGUCUUGACUUGGUACGCUCUGAGACCAAGGACCUAUCUUCAGGUGAGAAUGUUACAUACAGUGUCCUCUUCAACUUGUCCCAAUCCAGUCCUUACAGACAUUAUAACUUGAUCCCUUUUAGAGUGUGAGGAUUCUGAAAUGAUCAAGAAUAAUUUGCCAGAACUGAGCAACCAAUACCACAGCAUUACCAUUAAGGAGAGAACCCUCAGAAAAAGGACUACUGGAUAUUAGAACUCACUGUCCAGAGACUCUUCUACCCUAACCCUCACACUACCCACAUCACAUAACCCAGCCUCUCUCCCAUUCACUGACCUGGACCUUGGUUUAACCUGGAUGUCUCUUACCCUUCCUCUCCCCUCUGCUCUACCCUCAGAGAAGAGCUCAGGAGAAUGGGUGGACCCUGCCGAUCAGGAGGAAGAGGAGCAGAGGACAGUUGAAGUGAUGGAAGAGGAAGAGGAGGGUGUAGAGUCCCAGAGGGAGCAGUGUCGCUGGAGGCUGGAGAGACUGUUGGGGUUUGAUGCCUGUGGAGGAGGAGGGUUAGCAGGAGAGCUGUGCCCCCCUCCAGACAGUGUCUGCACAGAGGACUUUGCCAUGCGCUUCAGGGAGGAGAUGGUGGUGGGACUUCCAGACAGAACCAAACAGAGACUGGCCAGAGACAGGAGUAAGAGCCUGGGACAGUCCUAUGGAGAGGAAGAGGCUGAAAGGAUAGCACCAGAGCAAGCAUGUGGUCUCACUGCUGCUGGGGGAGAGGUUGUGGAUAGAGGUAUGGGUUAUACAGAGUAUCCCCAUCACAUGGACAAGCAAGGCCAGGAGAGCCAGACUCAUCACAAGCAUGGAGUGAGGAGAACUAGCUGGAGUGGAAACCUAGGGGCCAGUGAGAGCAACACAAGAGCACCACAGAGGCUUAGUGGUUUUAGCAGGAGUGAAUGCUGUCUUCACUCUCUAGUGACUCCACCAGGGGGUGAUAGACAGCUGUCAGUAGAGACAUGUUCACUGUCCUCUGUGUUACCCCAGCCAGCCACAGGUGAGAGGGCUGACAUCCUCCUGCGGUGGGUAUAGUGUCAGAGUUGGCGGUAGUCAUCUGAGGGGAAAGGGGACAGUAGUCAUAGCAGUUACUGUUAUACUGUAAGGGCUCUCACUUAUUUUGUUCCUCCAUUAUGAUACUGAUGCUUCUGUCUGUUCCCACUGGUUCCAGUGUCAGUGCCUGGUCCUCCUAGCAGUAGCAGUGUUCGUACAGGGGUACUCAUUGAGGCCUGUUCCAGUCUGAAGCCUGAGGGAACCAAAGAGAAAAGGAGCCACGCUUCUAGAACCACCACCAGACACCUGGCAGGUACUCUACCACACAGAACAUUACUCGUUUAGCUCAUACACUCUACCCUAUUAAUUAACAUGGCUACAUUUAGAGUGCCAGUCAAAGGUUUGGACACACCUACUCAUUCAAUGGUUUUCCUUUAUUUUUUACUAUUUUAUACAUUGUAGAAUAAUAGUGAAGACAUCAGAACUAUGAAAUAACACAUGGAAUCAUGUAGUAACCAAAAAAGUGUUAAACAAAUCAAAAUAUAUUUUAUAUUUGAGAUUCUUCAAAUAGCCACCCUUUGCCUUGAUGAAAGCUUUGCACACUCUUGGCAUUCUCUCAACCAGCUACACCUGGAAUGCUUUUCCAACAGUCUUGAAGGAGUUCCCACAUAUGCUGAGCACUUGUUGGCUGCUUUUCCUUCACUCACGUCCGACUCAUCCCAAACCAUCUCAAUUGGGUUGAGGACGGGGGAUUGUGGAGGCCAGGUCAUCUGAUGCAGCACUCCAACACUCUCCUUCUUGGUAAAAUAGCCCUUACACAGCCUGGAGGUGUGUUGGGUCAUUGUCCUGUUGAAAAACAAAUGAUAGUCCCACUAAGCCCAAACCAGAUGGGAUGGCGUAUCAGAAUGCUGUGGUAGCCAUGCUGGUUAAGUGUGCCUUGAAUUCUAAAUAAAUCACAGACAGUGUCACCAACAAAGCACCACCACACCAUAACGCCUCCUCCUCCAUGCUUUACGGUGGGAACUACACAUGCGGAGAUCAUCCAUUCACCCACACGCGUCUCACAAAGACAAGGCGGUUGGAACCAAAGAUCUCCAAUUUGGACUCCUGACCAAAGGACACAUUUCCACCGGUCGAAUGUCCAUUGCUCGUGUUUCUUGGCCCAAGCAGGUCUCUUCUUAUUAUUGGUAUCCUUUAGUAGUGGUUUCUUUGCAGCAAUUUGACCAUGAAGACCUGAUUCACACAGUCCCCUCUGAACAGUUGAUGUUGAGAUGUGUCUGUUACUUUAACUCUGUGAAGCAUUUAUUUGGGCUGCAAUUUCUGAGGCUGGUAACUCUAAUGAACUUAUUCUCUGCAACAGAGGUAACUGGAACUUCCAUUCCUGUGGUGGUCCUCAUGAGAGCCAGUUUCAUAGCGCUUGAUGGUUUUUGCGACUGCACUUGAAGAAACUUUCAAAGUUCUUGAAAUGUUCCGUAUUGACUGACCUUCAUGUCUUAAAGUAAUGAUGGACUGUCAUUUCUCUUUGCUUAUUUGAGCUGUUCUUGUCAUAAUAAGAAGGCACACCUGUUAGUUGAAAUGCAUUCCAGGUGACUACCUCAUGAAACUGGUUGAGAUAAUGCCAAGAGUGUGCAAAGCUGUCAUCAAGGCAAAGGGUGGCUAUUUGAAGAAUCUCAAAUAUAAAAUAUAUUUUGAUUUGUUUAACACUUUUUGGGUUACUACAUGAUUCCAUAUGUGUUAUUUCAUAGUUUUGAUGUCUUCACUAUUAUUCUACAAUGUAGAAAAUAGUAAAAAAAAGAAAAACCCUUGAAUGAGUAGGUGUGUCCAAACUUUUGACUGGUAGUGUACAUGUUUUUGUCAUUUACCAGACACCAAGGAUAUUCUAAGCAAAACAAUUCAGCCAUCUCUAACAGUAACUGCAGCCUCUUCGUGUCUCCCCCAGGAGUGCCUGUGUGGAAUUUUGACACAGUGACCAUCGACAGUGACCUGGACUCAGUACGCACAGAGAAGGUCUGGCAACACAUCCACAGCAGGCCAGGUGAGAGGCAGGAGCUAGGGGCUAUAACCACCAUUCAGAAGGAAAAUGAAGUAGUUCACAUUAUUAAGAUCUGUCUUACGUCACCGUAGGAUACCUCUCAGCCAUUCAGUCUGUCAGCCACACGGAUGGUCUCUACACUGACCAGAGUGACUAUGACACACCCACUCAGGAGCCAAGGAAUCUCAAGUUUACUCCAGGUAAGACUUUCAGGACUAGGCCUGAUUAUUGAAUUAUAUAACUACACUAUAACCCAAUAUGAAAAUAUAUUUCUUUGCUUGUUUGUCCUGUGCUUGUGAAGCGCUGAGAGCUAGCAAUGGAAAUGUGACCAGUGACAGUCUACCUCUCCGUAAAGCACGCAAAAACAGAAGAGACACUCACAGGUAGCCUUCACUGAGUCAACAAAAUGAUGUGAUACAAUCUGACUAGUCAUUCUUUGUUUCAUAUCCUUCACUAUUGUAUCUGUCAGCAGGUAUGUACACUCUGUGGAUGAUGAUGAUGAUGAGGACACAGAUGAGGGGUGUGUCCGCUGGAGGAGGAGACGCAGGCCUGACAAGGACACAGGGGGGCACGUGUGUACGGUGAGAGAUGGCACAAUAACCAACGAUAACUCCUGUGGCAGACAGUGAGGCUUUAUGUCCAUUGACUCUUAUGGGGAAAGCCAUCUGUUGAUUGAUAUGCUUGUUAACACUUGUUCACUCCAUAUGAGUAGUUAUUCUCCAGCUGAGAUGUGUAAUAACAGGCCUCCUGAUACUUUGUCUCUCAAACCCUUGACUCCACUCAGCAGAGGCCUGGGGGUUGUCUGGUGGAGGUGAGGUCAGACUGGCUACAGAUGGAGGAGGAGCUGGCUACCCUCAGACAGGUGAGAUUCUUCUCACUCUACUCACCUCUCCUGAUAUUUCCUGACAUUCAAGUAUUAUGCCAAGGAUAUGUUUGUUUUCUGUAUUCUUCUGUGUCUUGUUGUAUGUGUGUAUUUAUCUUUGUGUUUUAGGAUUGUGAGAAGGAGGAGGAGAGACUGAGGAUAAAGAGAGCUCAGCUGUGUGAGACUGAACUGUCCCUCACUGACCUUCUUCAGAAAAGAAAAGUACAAUACAUUACCUUCCAUAUUGUGACUAGUUCCUUGUCCUGUGAAUCCAUGACAACGGCUAACACUGAGAUGUUCUGUGUCCCAGGAUGCCGUGCAGGAGUUGGAGCAGCUGCGUGCGGGGGCGGAGCAGAUGGAAAGGGAGGGGAGGAGUCUGGAGGCCAGCCUGAGCGACAGCAAGGCAGAAGCAGACAGCACCAGGUAUCCACAUAAUCAACCCUGUUACUGCACUGUAUCUCUUAAAAUACAGUUUGCCAAAACAAUACUCUUAGGAACAGCUUAUACUGUAUACAAUACCUAUUCUAUACUCAUCUCUAUAAUGUCCAUUGCUGAUUAGGCUGAAUUCACAGUGAUGUAUUGAGUGUAUUGUAGUUCUCAGCUGCGCCGGCUGCAGAGGCAGAGGGACUCCUGUCUGCAGGAGGUCAGGGAUCUGAAGGAGGAGCUGGCUGCUCUAUGUAAACACAGAACUGCCUUAACGGAUGGGAUCUGUGUGGACAGGGUAACACAUGCUUUUUCUAGCCCACUUGACACUUUCCCCCCCUCUAUUACAAUCUAAUUAUUUAAUUAUUACCAUUUCAUGCCCUCUCUCCCCUACCUCCUCCCCCACUGUCUCAGAGAGUGACCAAUGUCAGGAUGUCUGUCCUUGAGAGAGAGGAGUUGGACAGACAGCUGAACACUGCCAAGACAGAGCUGUUUUCUGAGCAGCGGUGCUCUAGACUCAAACUGGACUCUAUGCAAGAGGUACAGUAUUAGACUGGUUCUCAGAACAUGUUACAGUGAUAGUCACUGCUUUGAAUGUGUUUGAAUUUGUUUCUCUGCAUCUGUUGGCUCAUGCGUGUGUAUCAGAAGUUGGACGAAGCUCAUGAGGAGCUCCAGCGUGUAACAGAGGAGGAGACGUUACUGAGGGAUAGGUGUGCAUGUCUGGAGGAGAAACGCAGACUGAAACAGGAGCAGGAGGAGGUACCAUCUACACCUGUCUACCUUAUUACCCUUUAUCAUAACCAGACCUAAGCUUUCACCACACCUCUGACCUCUAUCUGUCUUAAGAUCUCACUGUCUAUCCGUCUCUCCCAUCCUCUGUCUCUCAGGCAGUGGAGGUGCAGGUUUGUGAGCUGCAGAAAGAGCUGGGGGAGAGUGAGAGCAGGGUGGAGAGGAUAGUAGCACAGAAGGAGCUGCAGCUGCUGGAGUUCCAGGAGGAGAGUAGUGCCUUGCAGGCAGAGCGAGAUGGGCUGCAGGAGGAGCUCCAGAGCCUGAGGAAGCAGCACAGCAUCUCCCUGAGAGAGACCCAGGAGCAGGCACUCACACAGACGGUGUGUGGGCUGGGUAGUCCCUAGUACACAGUGUCUAUGGAUGAGUCAGCUUGACUGUGCGUGUGAAUGUCCGAUUUUCCAUCUUAUACCAGCUCUCACCCAUUAUAAAUGAGGGUAACUCACUGUGUGCAUGAUAGUGUGAAAGCAUAUGUAGUUAAAUGUGUAUGUGUGCAGUAUGUAAGGGGUGGUUUUGUUUGUCUCCUUUAGCAGCGAGAGCUGGAGCAGUUGAAGAAAGAGUUGGCUUUGACUCAUGAGAAACACAUCCAGCAGGUGAGAGGCUCUGUCGACUGGGUUUAUUUAACAUUAGCAAAGAUCUCCAUAUUUCCUUUAUGUUUUCUAUCAGAUUCAAACAUUGAUGUUUUUCUUGCUGCUGUGUUUCCAGGCUAAUAUUCAAGCUGAAGAAGAGAAAAUAGUUUCUCUCAGAGAACAGGCCUUGUCUCACACACAGCACAUUGAGUCCAUACAGAGCUGCAUCCAGGUCCGUAUCUCAGGCUGUCCUAUCCUCUGAAAGUAUCACACCAUACCUUGCAUAACUGUUCCUGGGUCAGUUUCACAGUUUCCUCUGCAGAUGAAGGAGAAUGAGUGGUGGAAGCUGAGGGAGGCUCUUAAGGAGCAGCAGGAGGUCAUGAAGAGGCGAGAGGAGGAGCUGUGUGCAGAAGCUCAGGAGAUGGUAUAUACUCCUACUUCCUCUGUCUCCUUUUCUGUCAGAUGAAAUGUAUUGUAAAACUUAAAACAAAUAUGAUAACAGUAUCUGUUCUCUACCUUAGAUGCACAGCACCAUAGAGCGUGAGAGGAAGAAAUGGGAGGUAGAGAAAGAAGAGGCUCUACAGUUGCAGUGUGCGAUACUGGAGGAGCAAGGCCGGGAGGCUCUGGAGAGAGUGAGGGGAGAGAGUGAGAGAGAGAAGAGGAAUGCCCUGGCUCUUCAAAACAAAGUGGUGGAAUUGCAGACAGUAAGCAGAACCAAGAUGGGGUGGGAGGUAGCCUAGCAGUUAGAGCGGUGGGCCAGUAACCGACAGGUUGAGGUUCGAAUACCCGAGCCGACAAUGUGAAAAAGGCACUUAACCCUAAUUGCUCCAGGGUCGCUUUUGAUAGUGGCAGACCCUGGCCGUUACCCCUCUCCGAUGGUGUCUCAGGGGGAUUUGGGAUAUGCAAAACUACACAUUUCCAAUUCAUACUUGUACAUGUGUGAAAUAGAGAUGUCAAUCCUCUCUCCCUCCCCUCUCAGAAAGUGCAGGAGCUGGAAAGUGAAGGCGGUGUGCAGCAGAGUGAGCAGGCGUCUGCUCUGGCUGCAAUGCGUAGGUCCCUGAGAGAGAAGCACCAGGCUGAGCUACAGAGACUGCGCAGGCACAUGGAACAGGUGAUGACAGGCGACCACCUUCUAAACUAGCAUCUGGAGAUGACUACAUAUGACAUACAGUAUACAGUGUAUAGUUUCCAGGGGCGCAACUUUGGUUUUAGAAGUGGGGGGACAUUUUUAUUUAUUACUAUUACUUUUUUUAUCCAGUCGGAUAAACACUCCAAACAGCCUACCCGACUGCUCGGAGGCGUCCGCAUGGUCCUAAAGCACACCGUUGCCUUGUUUUGUAUCACAUUCCUUCCAAUAAAAUUGGAGGGGACAAAAAUGCAAUUUCAGAAUGUGGGGGGGACAUUUCCCCCCGUCCACAGUGAAAGUUGCGCCCCUGGUUUCCAGUGUAUGGUUGACAUGGUGGACCGACUGGGCUGUGGUUGUAGGAGGGCGAGAGGGAAGCUUUGAGGCUGGAGCAGGUUGUCCAACAAGCAGAGGAGGAGGCUGGUAGACUGCAGGUGCUGCUGGGGGAGAGGGAGCACAGCAACAAGCAGGCCACAGCCAGGCUGGAGCAGCAGCACAGACACUGGGCCCGGGAGAUGGGGGCAGAGUGUCAGCAUCUACAGCACCUACUGGAAUACAGUGGGGCCGUAGGGAGCUCCCUUCAGCUCCCACACAGGUACUCUCUCACAUAGACACAAACACACACACUCAUAUUCUCUCUCAUACACAUACAGAAGCACACAUUUCAUUAUCAGCAUAUGAAUUUGGAUAUAGUACUGUGUAUUCUAAUAUUUGGUGCUGUGCUGCAGUCCUACGGUGGCCCAGGCAGUCCAAACCCUGCAGGCCCUCAGAGAGCAGUUGCAGCAGUCAAUCAGCCAAAUACAGCAGGAGCUUGACUCACAGAGACGCAGCACUCAGCAGCUGAGCCGGGACAAAGUGUGUUCAGGACACACUCACUAAAAUACACACAAACACACACAGAUACAGCACAUACAAACAUGCUUACACUCUUGUUGCGUUACACAUGCUGUUAAGAAUCACAUUUGUGUGCUAUAGGAGCGGGAGUUACGUAUUCAGAGGGAACAGAUGGAGAUGGAGAGAGAGCAGGCUGUGGACUCACUGAAGGAGAGACUCAUUCAGGUAUGGAUCCCACUGUUUUUGUGAGACACACACACACACACACCGUGUACCAUCAUAUAUUAAUGCUGCAGGAGCACAUUGAGGAGCUGAGCGGUCUGCAGCGAGCCCAGGUGCGGGAGGGAGGAGACGAGGCAGGAGGUUUGGCUGCAUCCCUGCGCAGGCAGCUGCAGGCCAAAGACCAGGAACUGCGCCAGGUGCAGAGGAGCAUGGGACAGUGGAAGGAGCAGACCACGGCUCGCCUGGCACGCAAGUUUGAGGAGGAGCUGACAGCUGAACUGGAGAGGUAUGUAGCGUACAAUCCCACACUAUUUACACAGAGUCGACUUUUAAAGGAGUCACUCAUCCUUAUUUUUUCAGAUGAAGGUGUGCAGGCUUUGAAAAGGUUGUAUCAUUAACUGACUUUGGGAAGUGUUCUGUUGUGUUCAGUGUUUUCACUUUUCCCACUCCACAGGUGCAAGGCAAAGUUGUUAAAGGGGAGGUAACUGACUUUACCAUUUUGAGACAGCAUGUCUAGAGACUAAGCCUAGAGUCUAACUCACUAACUAGUCAUCCCAUUCUUCUUACAAACCAUCAUCAUCAUCAUCAUCAUCUCAACUCACUGUAGAGCAGUUCUGUUCAGUAGUUUGUACACUGUUAGCACUGAUGUGUUUAUACAGUGACAUUAACCAUCAAAGUUGCACGUUAGUUAUGCUCUGUCAGGAGAAGAUAUUUCCUACAGACAAUCUAUAAUAUCUGGGUAUGUUUGUGUUGCAGAAAGGCACCUAAGGCAGAAGAGGAGAAGCAGAGGAAGCUGGAGAAACUGAAAGGGGAGAUGGGACGCAUUACUGGGGUAAACAUCACCAUAUAAGACCUGCGGGAGCCUGGGCAUGAAGCUACUCUAAGGAGGGUUUGUUUGUGCUGAAGUAGUUUACUGGUUGUUGGUUAAGGCUAGGGUUAACUGAAUGUGCAGUUAAAGUUAGGGUAAGGGUUAGGGUUAGCACGGUAGGGUAAAAAGCAUGACAUUUUUAUUAUUCAGUUGGAUAAAAGUAUUAUUUUGAGGUGGGUAAACUGAUUGAUUAAUUUAAGGCCUAGAUUCAAUCAGAUCAAGCAUAGCUGAUGUUUUGGCAGACGGAGGUGUAACUGCGUUAGAGCUGUCAAAUCAGUAAGCAGCUGCUCAUGGUCAUUGUCACGAAGCCACACCCGUCCCACUCGCGUUAGAAGUUCAGAAUGAGAGUGUAGGCUAUAUAGAAAUAAUGAGGAUUUCUAUUGGCCUAAUCAAGGUGUAGAUUAAAUCACACAUUCCAGUGUUCAAACUUGUAAACACGGCUGCAUGGGAUUCCUACUAAUGUGAAUCCGUGGCAAUGUCCGCGAUAGGUAUAAUGCCGGGAGCCACUUGUGGAUUUGACAGGUCUAAUGCAGUUCGACCUCAGACACCGUCAAAACACCAGCUAUGUGGGUGUUGGCUAACGCGUAUCUGAUUGAAUAAAGCCCUAAAUUAGAUAAACAUUAUUUUGAGUUGGAUCAAUUUAUUUUGAGUUGAUGGAAUUAUUAUUUUUGAUUUGGAUAAAUGUAUUAUUGUGAGUUGGAUUAAAUUAUUAUUAUUAUUAUUAAUAAAUUAAUCAAUCAGUUUACUCAAAAUAAUAACUCUACACAAAUCAAAAUAAUUUCAUACAAUUCAAAUGACCAAACUCUAAUUAUUCAAUAACCCUAACCAUAGCAUAACCCUAACCCUAGAAAUAGCCCUAACCCUAAACUUAACCCUAGCUUCAUGUCCACACCCCUCCGGCUUGGAAUGCAAUUCUCAUCAAAUGAAUGGGAAGUCUGAAUACGAGGCAAAUGUAAACAAGUUAGGACACCAGAAAGGGGCUGAAAUACAGUACUACCCUGGGGAAAAUGUGACAUCUGGUAACCAUAGAGGCUACUUUAGGGCCUAGAUUGAAUCUUUCCUUCUCUACUCCUUUGUCUGUCUCUAAUCCCCAACCCUCUGCUCUCCUCUCCCAUCUCCCUGUCUCCUGUUAGGAAUGCAGUGACUCUGGAGCUCAGCAAUCAGCAUCCUCUCCCUCCCUCCACAUUGGGGAACCCCCUACCUCCCCCGGGUCCUCAGACCUGGCCUCCUUCAAGCUACUGCGUCACCUCCAGAGCCGGGUCAAACAGCUCCGUGCUGAGAACCAGGCCCAUGCCUGCAGCUCCUCUCAACUGGGCAAGACCCCACUAGGCAGGGCCCCAAUGGAGCUGGCUGGGUCCUACCUGGAAACAGUGAGUUCUACGUGCCAACUGAGUGGGGAGGCAAUGACAUCCUCUGUCCUACUAAUAGUAAUAACUUAAUAAUAAUAGUAUUUUGGGUCCUGAUUUAAAUGAAGUGCUAUUUACAAAGGCUUCAUAAAGCAUUCAUAAAGACUUCAUAAACACUACAUAAAUGAGUCACAAAUUAUCUAUAACCGUAUGUCAUGCUCUGUAAAGGAUUCAUAAAUGUGGCAUAACCUACUAUGCCAAAUAUGACAUUAACCAGUGCUUAUUAAAGGGUGACAUAAGCACCACUUAGUAAAGGCUUUAUAAAUCAUAUUAAAUUGAGGCUUCACAAAGCAUCUAUAACCUUGUCAUGUCAUACUCUAAAACAUUUCUAGGAGGGCCCAACCUCUUUCCCUCUUGGGUGCGUAGCCAAUAUUGGACCUUACCCCAACCUUCAUAAAGUGCAGUCAUGGUAGUCACAUUACACCAGGCACAACUUACAUUGAUGAAAGCCCCCAACAUCAGAAAAUGGAAAGUGGCUUUCUUCUGGGACCAAGUUAUAUCUUCCUCAGUACACGAACAUGCACAGUCGCACACAACAAUAUAACUUGAGCCAAACUGUGCGGUGCUGGACCCAGUCAGGUCUUUGACACAUUCACCCUCUCCCGCUGAAAGAUCAACCACAGAAUGUUCCGGUUGUAAUCAAGGGCUAGAUACUGUACUUACUUUGAAGUCAGACGCCUUAUGUUAUUCAUAACACCUACAUAAGGCUUAAUGUUGUAAACAUUGUUGGGCCGCCCAUCCUAUAAAUGUUUUACGUGUAUGACAUGCCAAGGUUAUGGGUCUAUAAUCUAUAGAUCGCCUCAUCUAGCUCUGUGAAGCCUUUAUUAAGCAGUGCUUAUGUCACUCUUUAAAAAUCACUGGUUUAUGCUAUAUUUGACAAAGUGGGUUAUGUCACAUUUUCCAUGGGUGGUUAUGCCACACAGUUAUGCCACAUUUAUGAAUCCUUUAUAGAGCAUGACAUAUGAUAAUAGAUUUUGACCCAUUUAUGUAGUGCUUAUGAAGCCCUUAUUUGGUCUGUCAUAUCUGGUAAAACCAGUGGUGUAAAAUACUUAAGUAAAAAUACUUUAGAGUACUACAUAAGUCGUUUUUUGGGGUAUCUGUACUUUACUUUAAUAUUUAUAUUUUUAGCAACUUAUACUUUAACUUCACUACAUUCCUGAAGAAAAUCAUGUACUUUUUACUCCAUACAGUUUCCCUGACACCCAAAAGUACUCAUUACAUUAUGAAUGCUUAGCAGGACUGGAAAAUGGUCCAAUUCACACACUUCUCAAGAGAACAUCCCUGGUCAUCCCUACUGCCUCUGAUCUGUUGGACUCACUAAACACAUAUGCUUGUUUGUAAAUGAUGUCUGAGUGUUGGAGUGUGCCCCUGGCUAUCCAUAAAUUUAAAAAACAAGAAAAUUGUGCCGUCUGGUUUGCUUAAUAUAAGGAAUUUGAAAUUAUUUAUACUUUUACUUUUGAUACUUAAGUAUAUUUUAGCAAUUACAUUUACUUUUGAUACUUAAGUAUAUUUAAAACCAAAUACUUUUAGACUUUUACUCAAGUAGUAUUUUACUGGGUGACUUUCACUUUUACUUGAGUCAUUUUCUAUUAAGGUAUGUUUACUUUUACUCAAGUAUGACACUGGGUACUUUUUCCAUCACUGGGUAAAACAAGCUUCAGUGUAUCUUUGUGUUGGCAUGGUUUAUGAUGUGUUACUAAGGAGAAGUAGUGGUGGGGUGGGCGACAUUUUUGAAAAGUUGAAAUGCAGUUUUAAAAGUAUUCUCUGGAGUAAUAGGUAUAUUCUAUCUGUAAUUCUUAUCCAAUCAGAUCACACCAUCCCAGGAAUGCGCUCAGUUUUGGAGUCGUUCCCGUUCCAGGACAGUCCAGAGUGAAGGA